UUAUUUAUUCUUUGUGAUUUUGACAGUAAUGCCGGUAUUUGAACUUUGAAGAUUUCGUUCGGAAUAAUAAAACAGUCGUUAACUCGCUAUUGACUUCUAUAUUAUUCAAUAUUUGUGUAUUGUAAUUUAUUUUUGAUACUAAUAAUGGAUCAUGAGGAUUUCGACGAUAGUGAAUUCCCCGACAACGAUGAAUACGUGCCGUAUGUAAGAACAACUACACUCGAUUCUAAAUCAAAAGGCGCGAAAGUAAGCAUGUGGGGAAAAGUUACAAAAGUUUCUGCAAAUGAUGGAUUCUAUGUUAAAACUGGUAAUGACCAGGAAAUUCUUAUCAAAUUAAACAAGCCGCUGAGUGAACCGCUUGAAGGUUGGUACGAAAUUCAUGGUGUUUAUCAAGGAAACUGUAUCUUGUGCGAUGAAUACAUACACUUUUCUGAAGAACUGACCAAAACUAUCGAUGUUGAAGGAUAUACGAAUUUGGCUUCUCUGUUAAUGGUUCUUGAUGAUCCGUGGAAUUUAGGUGAUGGAGGAUUGGAUGGUGUAAAACCAAUGGAUUAAAUAAGUGCCCCCUUUUGUAAAUAGUAUUAAAUAAAACAUAUUUUUCUGUACAACA